AUGGGAUGGAUUGCGGCUCAGAUUGAAGUGUUAUCUCUGAGACCUGCGAGGAAUGCGGCUCGGAUGGACUUGGUGUCUUCGGGAUCUGCGAGGAUUGCGGCUCAGAUUGAAGUGUUGUCUCUGAGACCUGCGAGCAAUGCGGCUCGGUUAACUGUUUUCGAGACCUGCGAGGAUGGAAUUGACGGAUAG